UCGCACAAAAUCCUGAUACCUCUCGCGCUGCCCUUCCGGUCCGCCUCCCUUCUCUACCGAUGGAGCCUCCGCAAGAGCCAGCCGCCGGCACCCGCAGGCGGCGCCGGCGAGGAGGCGGCAAGAACCGCCGGAAGUCUUCGUCGUCGCAGCAAGCGCCUCUGACAGCGGCUGCGCCCCCACCUCCGUCCUCCCCUCCGGCGAAGCGGCGGCGCAAGGCCGGCGCGGACCAGGUCGCGGCCAAGCCCAAGAUGGGCAACACCGCGAGCCUCCUCGACAAGAUGCGUGCAAGGUUAUCUGGUGGUCAUUUCAGGAUGUUAAACGAGAAACUGUACACUUGCAGUGGGCAGGAUGCGUUUGACUACUUCAAAGAUGACCCUAAUCUUUUUGAUGUGUAUCAUUCAGGAUAUCAUGAGCAGAUGUCACAUUGGCCGGAGCAGCCAGUAAAUGUAAUAAUCAGUUGGUUGAAGAGUCAUAAUGCAUCAUGGACUGUUGCUGAUUUUGGCUGUGGCAAUGCAGCAGUUGCUAAGAAUGUGAAGAACAAGGUUUUCUCCAUUGAUCUUGUUUCAGAUGACCCUUCAGUGAUCGCUUGUGAUAUGGCUCAUACUCCAUUGGAGCCAUCCUCUGUAGACGUUGCAAUAUUUUGUCUUUCUUUGAUGGGAACCAACUAUCCAAGUUAUUUAGAGGAAGCAAAUAGGGUUCUCAAGCCAAGUGGUUGGCUUGUUAUUGCUGAAGUGCGGAGCAGGCUAGACCCAAACACUGGAGGUGCUGAUCCUGAAAAGUUUUCUGAAGGCAUCAUCCAGCUUGGCUAUUCCCUUGUGUUAAAGGACGCUAAAAACAAAAUGUUCAUUCUGUUUUACUUCAGGAAAAAGGAAAAAAGUAAGGUGGUCAAGAACAUUGAUUGGCCCCAGUUGAAACCUUGUUUGUACAAACGGAGAUGAUCUCAUAUCCACUGUGAUCGAGAGUUGGAGUAUUCUGCAAGGUGAACUAUGCUUAUAGAACUUCGUACACUGAUCUGUAAGUUCGUCAAACAUACUGAGCUGGAAGUAGUCAAUGGCAACAAGAUUUCUUUCGGAACGGGAGCUUUUGGCACGCACAACUCUUAAGACUUGCUCAUCGAGAAGAAAUCAAUCAGCAUUAGCUUCAAUCCGAUGGCCAGAUCAGGACAGGAUCGCACAACCACAAAUUGUAUUGCAGGUAGGAUCAUUUUUUUGUUUGACCGGUCGGACUGCAAGAUCAAAUGUUAACAUCAUAAUUCUAUCAUACUCUAGAAACAGAUAUAUUCAACAUAAAAAUUUAAUUGAUUUUUUUCAUAUGUAAGCCUACAACGUAAACCUCGAAGCGUGCAUAUACUUGAAACUUGUAAAUUUAGAUGCAGCAACUUGUUUGCAUUACGUUCAACAAAACUUAUAAACAUUAUUGAACUCAA